AUGUACCAAAGAACGUGGCCGUUUAAGAAAUAAAAAAAUCACAAACAGUCCGGGCUUCGUUUUGAUAAAAUAUCACACGUUACACCUCAUCCAUAAAGGGAAAUUUUUACGAUUCUACAAGGCUCUUCAGCGUAUCUCCAUGUGAGAAUGAAUUGCAAGUCAAAGCACCACACCUAUAUCUGUGUAGGUAGAACCGGCACUGGAAAAAGCUCAAUUUGCAAUAGGAUUCUUGGCAAAAAUAUCUUUUUAGUAUCUGAUUCUGGAAAGUCCGUAACGUCUGCACCAGAGUUGGCAAGGUCCAUUAAUCUCGGUUAUACUUUCACUGUAGUUGAUACCCCCGGCGUAAUGGACACUUCUGUGAACAGUAAUCAGGCCAAAAAGAAAAGCUGUGACGAGAUGAUUCAAGCGAUGGUUCAAUGCCCAGAAGAAGGCAAACGAGCUCUUCUGUUAGUCCUGAAAUACGGAGAUCGAUUUACUGAAGAGACCAGAAAGUGUGUGGACAUCAUUGAGACAAUAUUUGGAGAUCGAUGCCUGGAAAAAUGUUGCAUUGUUGUCUUUACUCAUGGAGAAUCUUUUGAUUUAAACAAUGAGGAAAGAAACAUUUCAUUUGAAGAUUGGUGCCGCAGUCAAGAGGAAGGCUUAAAGCUUUUAUUGCAAAGAUGUGAAUACAGGUGUUUAUUGUUUCGAAAUAAAACUAAAGACUCAGAAGUCAGCAGACGACAGAUUGAAAGCCUGAUCCAAAUGACAAAUAAACUUGAUGAAAGUUAUACUCAAGAGAAAUUCGACGAAGCUAGAAAGAAACAUAAAAGACUAGCUUUGGAAUCUAAAUUACCAUCACUUUUGAAAGAUUAUGACACAGAAAUGAACGAAUUACAAGAAAAGGCUAAUAGGAAUUUAGUUCAAUGCCCAAGUUUGCAGGAACUCAUUUCUUUAGAAAAGUGCAUCAACAAUAUUAUAUUAAAACUUCAAAUAGAAGAUGAUGGAAUCUAUUACAGCCAAGGUGAAUUUAGCUUAUUCCACCAGCCAAUGCUUAGGGCCAAAGAAAUGUUGAAACAAAUUCAUAUGCAAGAAAUUCACACUGUUAAAGAAAAAAUGACAACAACUAUAAUGAGGCUUAAAAUGCAAAUACAAGACUGCAACGGAGUUAGCGCCAUAGAAUAUUUCGAGGACAUUAUACAAGAUUUCUUCGCAAAAUUUUCAGAGUUCGGUCUAAUUAUAGACAACGAUAAUAUAUCCAUUGAUGAUAGAAACAAUGUCCUAAACUGGCAUAGCGAAGAUCUUUUACUUUUCGGCAAUGUCUGUGUCUUAAUUCAUGAGCUUUACACGUCCAUUACUGAUAAAAGAAAUGCCUUAAUUUUGAAAUCUUAUAAGGAAGAACUUAAAGGAAAAAUCAAAAUCCUCGAAAAAAGACUUAUAGCCAUUCCAGAAGCGGAGAUCAAAAGUGAGAAAGCCAUUAAAAUCAGAGAUGAAGCCAAAGAGCUUCUGGAGACUAUUGAUCCGAAUCAGGAGAAGCUGGAGAAAUUGCGUGCAAGACUCAGGGAACUUGAUGAAGAUGCAGCGCAGAAAGUUGAUCAAUGCAAGAAAAACAAGCGUGAAUUAGCGAUUAAUUUAGUCGCGUCCACAUUAACAGAUGCACUGGGUGUUGCUGGACAUGCGGCAAGUUUCGUUUGUCAUCCCGUUGCAAAAAUUGUCAGCAGAGCAGCUCCAGUCACAGCAACGGCUGCAAGGACAGUUUUCGACGUAAUAAAACGGAAACUAAGGUCAUGAUGUCUCUCUACACAAUCUAUGAUUGAAAUAUAAAAUAUAAACGAUACUCUCUAAUAUAAAUUGUAUAUUUGUAUACUCUACUUCAAAAAAUAAUAAUACAAUUGUUUCAAAAGAUUUUAUAUAGACAUGCAACAAUACUAUACCUAUGUAGACAAACUUACGUAGUUUUAAUUACGGCUUGUAUUUUUGGUCCUAAGAUUAAGAAGUAUUUAAUUUGGCUAACCAGUCCUAGCUGUAAACUACAAAUUUUUUUAGUUACAUAUAGAUCAGCGGUUCUCAACCUGUGGGUCGCGACCCUUUGUGGGUCGAUUGGCGAUUUGCCAGGGGUCGCCUAAGACCAUCAAAAAUAAGGAUUGUUAUUGUCUAUUCUUCUAUUGCUGUAUGUGUGCGUAUGGGAGGGGGGGGGUCGCGGCAGACUGGGAUAUUGUAAAAAAGGGGUCGCCGAGCUUAAAAGGUUGAGAACCGCUGAUAUAGAUGAAAACGUUGUCUUCCGGUACUGAUUUGAGUUCUCUUUUCACUGUCUACGAUUGUCUUAGCCUGUAGAUUUUCAUUUGAUCUUAUAAUCUGUAUCGCGGCCUUCCAAAAAGAAAAUAGUUUGUAGUUAUUAUGAAAAAACUGUAGUUGUUUUUUUAAACACAUGAGUAUUUUAUUCACUAAAUUAUAUAUAUAUAAGCGUAUACGUGUAAUUAAGUUUAGAUAGUAUGUUAGUUUUGGUAGAUAAAUAUACUGAGUAUUGUUGUUUUUUUAAGAGACGGUAAAAGUAGUGACGUAGUCAGACGGAUGAAUGACGUUGCAAAAUAGGCGUACAUAGAGAACAAGAUGGCUAAAGCUAAGAGAUGGUUGAAUAGUGGUAGAGACGGGUAAGUAACGGUGGAUAGGGAGACAAGACAAGCACCCCCAUUUGUGAAUAAAUGCAUCAUUUGAAGUACUUUGAAGUUUUGAUCAAGUCUAUCUUGUUAAUUGUAAUGUUUUCGGAUACUUUGGAAUAGUUAAUGAAAUAGUACUGGAUUUGAACAACACACAAGAUCCUAGCCAAGUCAGACAGAACAUUAAGACAUUUUAAAGAACUAAAAAGAAGGCUUUUUUUUUCUUUUACAUCAGGCCUGUUAACAUUAACUGAUAUAAGAAAUCAUAUACAAUAAUAAAAUAAUUCAAUAUAUUUAUUAUUUCACUAUUAAACAAUUAUAUUACAGUGACAUGGGUCAAUCAUACAAAUAAUUCUACAUACUUCCGUGAUGACAUAAGAAGUAUUUGUUCAUACUCUAUUUUAAGGUGUUUCAACCAUAACACAACACGUCUACCUGCUAGUUUCAUACAUACACUGAUUAGAUGCAUGCAAUUGCUUGACCAGGUUUUUUUUUUUUUUUUUGCUUAAACAAAAACUUUUAAUUUACAAACAUUUCAUCGCCUCCAUAAAAAGUAGAAAGAUAUCUGUCUUCAGCAUAUUUUCUUGGAUGUGAAAUUGGUCUUAGAUUCUUAUUUUUAAAUGUUUUAGGUGUGUGUCCACAGAUGUAUACAGAUGUAAGAGUGUACCGCAAGUGGUUAGAAGAUAUAAAUCUAAUAAUUAUUUACAUAACUCUGAAUAAAAAAAAAAAAAAAAGUACAGUAUAAUCCUACAUUGAAUAUUUUCUAUUACUUUUAACAAACUAUUAGAUAAUUACUGUUGGCCUGAGAGCGUAGUAGAAUAAUGUAAGUAGGAAACACAAUACUUAGAAAUGUUGACCAUGUCGAAAUCAGAUAAAGAAGCUUAGAAAAGAAAAUCAAAAUGAGAGGAAAACAUAAAGGGCAGCAAAAAGUAGAUCAACUUGAGUUGAAUACGCAAGCAAAACAUUUUUUUUAAAGUCUAUCUUAAGGGGAAGAACUCAGUCCUUAAAACUAUAUCUACCAAAAAUGUUCAAGUUAUUUCCCUUAUUCGAUAUCAAACAAAGUAAUAAAUUGCCAAUGUUUAAUUGACUUUAUUGAUUCAUAUUUUGUUUGUUACAAUAAAAAAUUGUUUAAAGUAUCAACUUGAAAUUGUCUAAUUGAUUACUUAUUUUAAUAUUCAUGCUUUGUGUAUGUCAAUGAAUAAUUGUGCAUUCGAGAAAUAUCGUUUACUUACACUAUUAUACAAGACAGACAGACAAAGUGAGUUGAUAUAUGCUUGGUAAAAAGAGAGCGGGAAGAGAUAAAA